AUGCAAGAAUAUGUUAAGAAGAGACUUGCAGAGGAAGCUAAUGUGACAGAAGAACAAUUUGAACAAAUUCAUGAUAUGCUCGAAGGCGAUUUGACGGGAUUCCGUGAUAAAAUAAUAGAAAUGAAGCGGAAGGCUGAUGAUGAACUAUUUGCCGAGAAUAAUCGUAUUAAUAGAGAUGAUAGCUUACAAAUGGGUAGAUUGGCUGAUCAUGCUCAAAUGGUUGAAGCACAAGCAUUAAAAGCUGGAAAUAUUAUAGGAUAUAAUUCUGCUGCUGGUGGACGAAGUUAUAGAAUACUUAAUGGACAAGAAGCAAUAAGUGGCAAUAAGCUCAGGGCUAUGAUGCAUGUUGCUCAAGCCAAUAGUGGAUCAUUAAUUGACGAUAUUGCUGCUGCUAAAGGAGUAUCUACUACAAGGAUAGCAAACAUGAAAGCUGAACUAGGAUCGGUAAAAGGUCGAUUAUCAGAUCUACAGGGAGAAUAUGAGGAUAAGAUCAAUACUAAUACCAAAGAAUAUAUGAAACCUGCUCUUAUGGCUUUACAGGCGAUCUCACAGUUCGACAGCUUCCAACGUGAGAAUAAACCUCUACAGGAUGUAUUCCGUAAUAAGGCACGAGAGAUGAUGGAUAAUGUCAAAGGGAGUGCUGAUAAAGCUGAACGGAUCGCUAAUAGAAUAAGUCAUCGAAUCGAUAAGGGUGCUUCAAUUGUCGAGAAUAUUCGUCAGAAGGUCCAAUCAUCAUUAGAGAGACAUGUCGGGGAAAAGAAACAGAUCUUUGCUAAGGAAUUGUUGAAGAUCACCACUGAAGAAUCCAAGCCUUUGAAUGUGAUGAUAAAUACCACAUAA